AUGGGUCUUGGUCUUCCCAACGAUUUUGCGGAGAAGUUCCAUCCCAACGAGAAAGGACAUGUCACCAUGGCCAGCUUCGCAAUGGCUGAGGCAAUGGACCUUCGGUCAUUAGUGCUUGGCAUUGAUCCCCCUUCGUGUGAGGUUAAGGACCAGUUCAAAUGCUGGUCCGACGACAACUGGAAGAUCUAUGCCAGCGCUGAUCGACUGGACAAGCACUAUGAGGAUUUCUGUAAGAACAUUGAACAGCCUGAUCAUGAGAAGGGUUGGGAUUACUACAAGGUGUAUGAUGAAGACACACCCGGUGAGCAUGAGUUCAGGAUCUCGCUCAGCGAUGAUGUUGCAGAUUACGAUGUGAAUCAUUCAUACACCAUCGAGGGCGGUGGGUUCUCUACGUGGGACUUUGGUCAGAAGACGAUGAGGCCAAGCAUGAAUGGAUGCUAUGGUCUCGGAACGACGGCUUGGAACUUUGAGUACUACGAUGAACCGACUGAGGAGGGGUAUAAGUGGAAGCUUACGUUUAAUACGCCUGUUUUUGUGAGGUCUAGGUUUUUUAAGAAUAAUAAGGUUGUGAAAGGAGCUGGUGGGUGGACUGAAGGUUGUGGAGGAAAUGAUUGA